AAAUAAAAAUCAUAACUUUAAAUAGAGAAAGAGAAAUUGAAAGAGAAAGCCUUUGCAUUUUGCAAUGAGACAAAACUCUCCUCUCCAAUCUACAGGCACGCAAGCAAGGAAGAAGACACGUUACAACAUUUCUCCCUCCACACAAAAACCCCAAACCUUAAUUCCCUUCCUCUUCUAUUUUCCACAAUUUUAACAACAACAAAAAACUAUAAAGGUUGUACCUUUCGACUUGGGUUUACGCCAAAAACAACAAACAACCCUCCUUAUAGAUAACAAAACCAACAUUGACAAACCACUUCUUUUCUGGGUUUUUUGUUUUUCACAAUUUUGAUUUUUGGGGUUUAUUAGUUAGUUUCAUUUUAUCCAUCGAAUGAAGUGUGUUGAUUUAUCUCUUUACAAUAAUAAUAAUUAUAAUAAUACAAGUUCAGGUUCAGCUAUAUCUGAUGGAGGAAGACACUGCUAAUAGUAAUACUUCUUCUACUACUUCCACUACUACAAACAAGGAUUACUACAAAGUGUUGGAGGUUGAUUAUGAUGCAACUGAUGAGACAAUCAGAAUGAGUUACAGAAGGCUUGCUUUGAAAUGGCAUCCUGAUAAGCACAAGAAUGACAGUGCUAUUACAGCAAAGUUUCAAGAGAUUAAUGAAGCUUACAGUGUGUUAAGUGAUCCAGCCAAGCGAUUGGAGUAUGAUUAUACUGGAAUUUAUGAGAUUGAUAAGUAUACUCUUAGGGAAUAUCUUGCAAGAUUCAAAGGAAUGAUACUUACAUGCAAUGGCCUUGGUAUUAGUCAAACAUCACUAUGGACACAGCAAUUAAAGGAAGAAGAAGGUAUUGAGAAGAAUGUGGAUAAUAUAUAUAAACCAUAAAUAAACCUCUCUUUCUUAUUUUCAUACCAUAAACAUAAGAAUCAGAAAUGACAGUACAACUCUUUUCAUAAUCAUAUUAUUCUUAUCUAAUCAAAUCCCAAUUCUUCUUCUUCUUCUUCUUCUUCUGUUCUAACCCUAAAAACAAAAUAAAAAAAAAAAACCAUUACUGAGAUUCUAAAAAAGAACGAAUAUGAUCCAUAAAGGUUCGAUCUUGAGGCCUAUCUUUCCGUUUGACAUACCCACGAGCCACCUCCUCUGUAUACCCAACCAACCCUUGUCGUCCAUUCUUGUUCCAAAGCUUACCGGCGUAGCUAGAAUGAGCGAAAUAAGCCUCACCGGCGGUGAGAACAACACCAUCAUCAUCUUGAUGAUCCAACGGUGAUAAUUGAAUUGGGAGUCUUUGGUAAUGAGAACGAGUGAUGCCCUCGAGUUCAUCUAAUCGAGAUAAGCCGGAGGAUGAAACUGCGUACAAUUCUCCGAUGACUUUUUGACCGGAGCCGGGAAGGUUGAUGAGAAAAGGAACUCUGUAUGGACCGCAAACAAGAGGGUAAUUGAGAUGGGUUUUGUAGUUUCCGAUGAAGAGAGCGUCUCCUGUUGUGAUUAGAUCUUGUAAGAGGACAUGGUUGGAGAAUCCUUGCUUCAAUGUUCCGUAGGUGAAGAUCAAUUUCACCAUUUUCUCUUUCUCUGAAACCAUUUUCUUCUCUGUCACCAUUUUUGGGUCUCUCUGUAAAAAUAUAAAAAUCGAAGCUUUUUUCUUUCUU